AUGUCCUUGUCGCGCGCUUUUACGACUCGUCUGCGAGGUGGCAGCGACCAAGCCGACGCGGCCAAGAUGCCUCAACGAAGCAACACUACCAAGGUUGCCUACAACAUCCGCGACAAGAUUUCGGCUCCGGUACAGCUCCUUCACACCACCAACAUGCUGUCCUACAACGCUCCCGACAUUCCUCGUUCAUCACGCAGCAGCUCGACCGCCAGCAAGUCCAGUUCAGACGUUGAAUUGCAGAGCAACGCGGAUUCCACGCCCCCCACCAGUCCCGAUGUAUCGUCUCCAGAGCCGAAUCAUCUGUCCUGCUAUUUCAAAGCUGCCUCAUCGGCAUCCACGACCGUGCCCGUCGAGGGGAAGCCUCCCGCAAUCCCCAAGCGCUCUCCCUCCCACACCAAGAAGAACUCAUACGAAGCUCUGGCCCGCCAGAGAUCUGUCUCGCGCAUGUCUCGAGAUUCCGACCACUCCUUUUCCACCAAAGCUGGCCAGCCUUUUUCUCGCUCCCAUUCAACUUCCACAAGGGCGUCAUCGGUUUCGCACGCCUCAUUGCCGCUCGUCCAGAAGCAGGCCACCCCGGCGCUUCGACCAGCACCCACCACGACGGUCGUGACCCAAGUGCAGACCAAGGAGUCCCAUCCCUUUGGGCAGGAGUUGGCUCAAGUCAAUGAGCUCGCAGAGGAGUACAGCGUCAGCAGUCACCUCGAAUCCAUCGACGAGGAACAGCAGUAUCUCCAUCACCGAGGCCUACAGAAGCUCAGCCCUGAUGAAUAUCUGAGUGCUGUUCAGGGACUUUCUGCAAUGUUCUUUCCCCCCGAAGGAAACCACACAAAGUCAGUCGCACCUCUUUGGAUUUGA